GGAGGGCAGUGGGGUUUGUUGCCAUGGCGACAGCAGCCGGGCCUAGGCCGCGGGAAGCAUGGAGGCGAUUCCCCAGGAGCGGGACCUGAGCCGGGGGCUGGAGAGCCUACCCGUGUCGCUGUGGCCGCCGUCCGAGGAACCCCCGCCCUUCCAGUACAGCCCAGAGCACGUGGCGGGAGCAGGAGAAGGCACCGACCCUUCUGAAAUCACUUUUCCAGGAUGUAAUUGUCUUACUGCUUCCUGCGUGGCCACCACUUGUUCGUGUCUUCACCAUGGUGAAAACUAUAACAGUUCAUGCAUCAAAAACAUAGGAGGUGAAGUGGACUAUGCUAGACCUAUUUUUGAAUGCAAUGCUAUGUGCCAUUGUGGUGAGUUCUGUCAAAACAGGGUUAUUCAGAGGGGUUUACAAUUCAGACUUGAGGUGUUCAAGACUGUUAAGAAGGGUUGGGGUCUCCGCACACUGGAGUUCAUACCUAAAGGAAGAUUUGUGUGUGAAUAUGCUGGUGAAGUUCUAUGCUUCCGUGAGGCAUGUAGAAGAAUACAGGCACAGACACCAGAGGAUUCAAACUAUAUUAUAGCUGUGAGGGAACACUUGUAUAAUGGACAGAUAAUAGAGACAUUUGUUGAUCCUAUAAAUAUAGGAAAUGUUGGCAGGUUCCUGAACCAUUCUUGCGAGCCAAAUUUAUUUAUGGUUCCUGUCCGAAUUGACUCACUGGUGCCCAAACUGGCACUUUUUGCUGCUGCUGCUAUCUCUGCUGGAGAAGAACUUUCAUAUGAUUAUUCUGGAAGAUUUCUUAAUGUACCGUUAAUCAAAAGAGAGCAGGAAAUGUUGGAGGAAGAUGAUGUAAUGAAAAAACCCUGUUACUGUGGUGCUAAAUCAUGUGUUGGUUUUUUACCAUAUGACAGCUCUCUGUGCUAUACACCAGGCAAACAACCUUUUGGCAAAGUUUCUCAAGGAAACAGCUGUGCAUAGGGAUUAAAAAAGAUUGAUAUAGGUGAAUAUAGCAUCUAUUGUCAGAUGUGCCUAGACAAAAAUGGAAUGAGAUUCCUUUGUGCUGCCACCCAAAAAAAUGACCAUAGGUCCCCCUCCCCACAUACGUACAUACACACACACACACACAGCUACAGCAAGGGCAGAAGUAUAAUGGCAAGAUGUGGGAGGGGGAAAUAGGAAAUGCCACUCCACCUAGCUUCAAGCGAAAGGUUAAGUGACUCAUUAGGACUAUAGGCAAAGUGUGGGAAGUAAUUGUUAUGUACACUAUAAUCUUACACAGUUAGAGGCAUAUGCUCAGGACACAGUGAACCCAUAACUUUACAUCUCAGUAAGGGUUAAUACUUAACACAUAGGUGAAGGAGAAAUCGGAGCAGAGGCACUGAUGGUGCAAAAUAAACAGAAGCUAAGGCAGGUGUAAAGUGCUGCGGGUGAGUAUGUUAGAUAGUAUAUGCAAAAGGGAAAAAUGCUGUUUUCAGGAGAGGAGAUUGCAAUCUGCUUUACUGCUUUGACUGUUAGAGCUGGCCUUGGACAAAAGCCAAGACAUUAGAGUUCCUGACAACUUGCUGAACAAUCUCCUGUACUCUCAACUUGAUUCCAGGUGGAUGAUGCAAGAGAUAGCUAAAUGGGUGACCUGUUGCCACAGCUAACCUUUUUCUGUUAAAACAAGAAAGCUUAGGAUAACUUGCCACAGCUCAAAGGGCAGUUGAAGGUUUUGAUAUAAGGCCUGUUUCAGUGGACAGUGAGGUAUAUAGAAACAGAUUGAAUUAGAAUGGUAGGUGCAGAAAAGAGGGAAUUUGGGGAGAUGAGUUAGAUACGGGAAAAAAAAUCACUUAAGAAUUAAAGCUAGGGAAAAAAAUCAAGGUGACAAGUGCAAAUUAACAGUGGCAUUUACAAAGGUGGCACCCGUUUUUGUUAAACUGUGUGCCAUUAAUAGUUCCUGCAAACUAAAACUAUUUAAAACAUGAAUUGCCUUCCCUGUUCUGGAACCUGUUUGAAAAUUAGGAGUCACUUUCUUUUAUCCAACGCUGUAGCUGAGCCCCUCCUAUUUCAUGACCAGCUUUUACAGAAUAUUAAGUGAAAUGUAUUCCCGCCUCCCCAUCUUUUGCCCGCUCUUCCUGCUCACCCCUGUUGACUGUAACUGGCUAGGGAGCUAAUUCUGUUCCAUGAACACUUGACUUUCCAUUUUCUCCUCUGUUCCCUGAAAUUGACUCUGUACCCCAGGCCUCCUCUGUGAUCAUUCUAACUUUUUCUGAACUGGCUCCAUCUCAAGGCAUAGGCUCUGUUAGCCACAAGAGGGCACCAAUGUAGAUGUAUAGUCAUUCCUUCGAAAUAGCAUGCAUCACCUCAGUGAUGCUUCCAGCUGAUGUUGGCAAAACAACUGAGGGAGUGUGCAGAAAAUCCAAACUCCACUUUGUGGAGUAGUAUAAUACACGACCUGUGUGUCUGGCAAAACAGACUGAAGUGGUAGAUGCUAAUAUACAACACCUUUGCGAACAAGCAUCUGUUUCUGCAUUGUUCAACAGAUGGCACAGAGAAGAGGGGUUUUUGUUUUUUUUAUAUUAGUCCUUUCAAGCAUUUUUUAUGCAGUCAGAUGUUUUAUUGUUAGCCUGUUUUUUCUCUCAAACCAAAUUGUUUUUCUGCCUUGGGAUAUAAGGAACAGGGAAGCAGAGUUUUGUCAUUGCAGAUAGGAGGGAUAGUGGUGUUUCAAAGAUACAUAAAAUAAUGGCUACACUUUACAACUAAAAAAUACAAAAUGUUUAGCAGUAUGAGUUAAGAAAGUUGCUAGUUUUAGGCCAGUUGUUGUGGACCAGUGACUGUCCCAAAACCAUCCACUAGCACUGUUACUGAUUGUCAUCAGUCCAUAACCAUCUGAUGGUGUCAGAGUACCUCCUCUUUCUCCCUUAGAAAUGAUUGCUUCUGCCAGUGGUGUAUGGUGGAGGUGUACGUAAGAGAAACUUCCUAUUUGUUGGUGUCUUGAGUAAGUAAAGUGCGGCAAGGGUGGCAACCAACUCACCUAUCCUCAAGAGAUGAAACGCACCAUCACUUAGCACUUAAUUUUUCUUUGGGGGCGGAAGGAAUCUUAUUGUAAGGAAGCAGGAUAUUUCAAUUCAAUUUCCAUCUUAUAUCUAUUUCUUUAAUUUUGAGAUAAACAUUUUUAUGCAUGAGGCAUCUGCACAAAAGAACCACUCUUGCCCCUACCUAAAACUGAUCUUGACUGAUGGAAGGGUUGAAAAUGUAAAACAUGAAAGAUGUUUUAGAGCCCAAGAAAAGACCAUACUUUGUUCCUUCACGGCAGGUAGGCCCCAAUCAGGGCAGAGCUACUCACAGACCCUAGUUUAGAAAAGGAAAAGGGUCUCUCACGCCUUUCCUGUAAUUCCAUACAGUCUUUCUUUGUAGCAUGCUUUAAGUCCAGUCUGUUUCAGUUGGGCUAGUUUAAAGAUCUAGUGCUCCCCUACACUAUCUUCUGCCCCCAGUUUCCAGUGUCCCAUCCCCCACCCUUCCCCCAAAAUCAUACUACUGGGAAACCGACACUACCUUUGUGGUAAAAUUUGAAGGGCAAGUAGAUUCAUCUAUGCACUGCUUAGUUUUGGCUGCUGGACUAGCUUAUUUGUAAUGUUUUGUCUUGUGCUGUUGGGUGGUGAGGUGGUACAACAUAUAUUAAAGUCAGUUUUUGAGAACAGGAUAGAUGGGUCAAUUGCCAGUAGAUCAAAUUUAAUUAUAAUUUUUUUUAAAAAAACCUAAACCUGCAUUUUACAACACAGAAAAAUCCAUUCAGUCUAUAAAAACUAUUUCAAUGUAUGCUUUCUGUAAUACAAUAUGUACUCUAAGUGGCUCACUCACUGAGUAGCUCAUGUUAUCUUAAUUCACUGUACCUUGGGUCUAUUAAAUAUCACAAAGUGUUCAAACAUACAUGUCUGUCCAAUAAAUUUGUAAACAAA